UGUUGUGCGUGUAACAUCGUUCUUUUGUUUCCUUUUAGUAUUUAGUGCCGCUUUCUUUCACUCUUAAAAUCUUGGCUUUUACGACCCUACCGACAAAAAACACGUCUGCUCCGAGACUUUCAAUAACCUCCAAUAAAACCAAUUAUAGUAUGGAUUACUUUGGACCCCGGUGAUUAUUGAGUGUGAAACGGUGGCUCGAUCAAUGAUAAACAAAAAUCUCUCAUAAAUGCUGUUCCGAGGCCCUACUUUUUCUUUUAUUGAUUUAUCCUUUCGUUCCGGGCGACGGUGCAGUGUGCACAGAGCGUGAUACUAAAGUAUAAGGAUCAAUUUAUACGCUUAGAGAAGCUGCUGAAGGUUUUUAAUUACCUUUUUAUUCUAAGAAAAAGUGACAAAAGCUUUUGAGGCGAAAUUCAUCGGCUGUGCUACUUUCCUCACUUUGAGGAAAAAAAGAUUUCGUACGUAGUUAGGUGACGUAUUAGAAGAGUGCAAUGAUGGCAAACGGAAUGGAUACAGUACAACAAAAUGGGGGCUCGGCCCUUGGACAGACUUCUCAGGAGGAAUCAAAGACAAACUUGAUUGUAAAUUAUCUGCCGCAAACGAUGACCCAGGAGGAAAUCCGGUCACUAUUUUCCAGCAUCGGCGAAGUCGAAAGCUGCAAGUUGAUCCGAGACAAACUCACUGGUAAUCUUUUGGAAAAUUUGAAUAGUCAGAGCUUAGGCUACGGCUUUGUCAACUACCAUCGGCCCGAAGAUGCCGAAAAAGCCAUCAACACCCUCAAUGGCCUUCGCCUGCAAAACAAAACUAUCAAGGUUUCGUAUGCAAGGCCGAGUAGCGAAGCGAUCAAGGGAGCAAAUUUGUACGUCAGUGGGUUGCCAAAGAACAUGACGCAACAGGAUCUCGAGAACCUCUUCAGUCCCUACGGCAGAAUCAUCACUUCUCGAAUCCUCUGCGACAACAUCACUGUACGACAGUUUGUGACUGGCGGCGGAGACAAUUUGCCCGAUAUUUGCUUGUCGGAUUUGGCAGGUCUGUCCAAAGGCGUUGGGUUCAUAAGGUUCGAUCAGCGCGUGGAGGCUGAACGUGCGAUACAAGAGCUAAACGGAACCAUUCCCAAGGGUUCGUCGGAACCAAUCACAGUCAAGUUUGCAAACAAUCCGAGCAACAACAACAAGGCAAUUCCACCCUUGGCAGCGUACUUGACACCCCAGGCAACCCGUCGUUUUGGCGGCCCUAUCCACCAUCCAACCGGCCGCUUCAGGUACAUUCCACUGUCGCCACUAUCCAGCGCUGGCAAGGCCAUUCUUGCUAUUAACAAAGGUUUACAGAGGUACAGUCCGCUGGCAGGAGACCUUCUUGCAAAUUCGAUGCUGCCCGGGAACGCGAUGAAUGGAUCCGGCUGGUGCAUAUUUGUCUACAACCUGGCUCCAGAGACCGAGGAGAACGUCUUGUGGCAGCUCUUUGGACCCUUUGGCGCCGUCCAGUCGGUAAAGGUGAUUCGCGAUCUGCAAACAAACAAGUGCAAGGGCUUCGGCUUUGUCACAAUGACCAAUUACGAGGAAGCCGUUGUCGCCAUCCAGAGCCUCAAUGGCUACACCCUCGGUAACCGGGUUCUUCAAGUCAGCUUUAAAACGAACAAGAGCAAAGCUGCGUAGGACGAGCAAAUGGUAGCCUACCAGCAGCAGCAGCCCCUCCAUCACCGACUCCUACCAGCAUCCCUGCAGCUGCCAGCGCCGCCCACUGCGGCUCACUUGCUCGCCAAGAGGAAUAACCAAGCGAGCAGCAUCAGCAACGCAAUCCUUCAAGCCACGAAGCAACAUCCCUUGACUCGUCAGUUUAUCCAGCAGCGACAACAUCCAACCCGCUGGAUUGAUAGCCAUUCACUUCCCAGGUGGCCCUUACCAGAACGAUUCAAGCCAAAACAGCAACAGCCAACCUUAACCAAGGAGAAAUCGGCUGCGGCCACAACGAAAAAGCUUCAGAAUGACAAAGCGUAAAUGACAAGGAGCGAGCUCUUGCUGCUUGUUGGUCAGAAAUCUUGUUACAUGUCCACUCGCACAGUUUUGCGAUUCUCCUACUGCCUCUUUAUUCUCGAAAUAACGCAGAGGGAGCAUCCCGUGGUGUUCGAUUGACUGUCCGAGGAAUCAGCUUCUCAUCAAAACCAAAGGUCACAAUCUACGAGGAGUAUGCUGAGGAGAACCGAGGAGAAUUAAUUUGGUCGGGUAAUUUAAAAUAUGAACGAGAGAGAGAGAGCGAAAGCGCGUGUGUGUGAUUGAGAGAGAAAGAACGAUACGUAAACUGUUCUGUAAUGUUCUAAGUAUUAAUGUAUUUUCAAAUGAUGCGGUCUCCAAUUUCGAUCACGAUCUCGAAACGGUCAAGACUAGACUUGUACUACUAUUUGUACUUGGGUACAAGUUUUAGAUUAUUGGGGAUGAUGUAGUGAGAGGAGCGAGGACGGGUCUGAUUCAUGGGGCUGUAUCGACGCCAGGUAUUACUAAGUCAAGAAAUGUAGAUGUAGGGGCACACGCGACGUUAAAUCGACAGUAGCUGAGACUCGGAUGAGGACUCGCACGGAAGACUUAAAUAAUGCAGCUCUUACCAAAGUCUCUUCGCUAGCUUAGAUCGCAGUAGAUUCGAGAAGCGAGGAAUUAUUAUAGGUCAGAAAGUACAAUCUAAGUAAGAUGUGGCGAGUACUUAACUUGAAACUUUGCGUAGAAUUAUGCAAUUCUACCGAGGGAUUAUGUAGCUAGAAUCGUCCUGCUAGUCAGAAACAAAAAAACUCGACAGUUUUUAUUAUUAUUAUUAUUAUUAAUCAUUUCCGAAAUCAAAGUGCUGAAGAUUUGUAAACUGUGUGUUUUUACCGCGAGGUACGUACAUUUUAGACUCGUUUUUCUCCCAUGUUUCAUACACGAGUGUAGUUUUUUUUAAGAAUCAUGAGAGCUCUUACGAGCAGCUAUUAGAGACUAGGUAUUUACUAGAGGCUUUUUUUAUGAAAAAAGAGUCGCCAGUCUCCGUCUAGUCCUCGUGCAAAAUGCGCGAUUGUGUAUUCGAUCUCUUGUCGCGUCGCAAUUAAGACGAUAGGUUUAAGAAGCGCAUCGGUCAGAUGCGUAUUUAUGAAUCACGAGGUAGUGUGUAGAAAGUUUAUUUAUUAAGGCGCGAGCCCAGAAGACGCACGAAUAGUCUAGAGAUCAAUAUUUCCAAGUCCGGGGAACCAAUUUUCCUCCAAGUUCUGAGCGUUUUUGCUAUUUUAAUCUGGAGGAUGCUUUUUGAUUCUGGAAGAUUUCAAACAAAUGGAAAUCUUUUAAAUUUGGAAAGUUGACGUUUCAGAAAUAGAAUUGGACCAAUUCUCCAGAACUCUCUUUCUGUGUAAGCACUCGGGUAAUUUUUCGCUGAAACUUAUUUAAAGAAACUUUUAUAAUCGACGAAUCCCGAAUGCGAGCACAACUUUAUUUUCCCGUGUACAAAAACUGCUUUCAGUGCAAAAAAAACGGGACAAACUCUAAUGGUCCAGAGAGGCUGACAAAAGGGCGACUUAUUCUCUUUAUAUUAUACAUGUUUGAUUACGCGAUUACGAUGUAUCUUAAUUAUUAUGCGUACCUUGUGUCUAGUCCUGGGGGGAAAGGGGAGGCGGCUCACCCCGAAAAAAGAGGGGAAAAAGAGCGCGCUCUUAACUUCUCCCAUCCAAUUCCAAUCAUCGAUUUUCUAAGACUUGAUUUUAUUUAUUUAACGCCUUUACACGUAGCUACUUUAUUAUUAUUAUUCUUAUUAUUAUUAUUAUUAUUAUUGGUGUCGUCGCGUGAUCGUGUGGUUAUUUUUUUUCGUGACGCAAGCCGACCCGUGAAACGUGUAUCGAGUAGCGAGAGCGACACCACAAAAAAAAAGUGGAGAAAAAAAAGAUUCAAGUGCAAAUCAGAGAUUUUUAUGUUGUGUGUUUGCGUAUUUAGAUUCAUUAGCUCGAGUGCGCUACUCCCGCGGCGACCGUCAUUAUUAUUAUUAUUAUUAUUAUUAUUAUUAUUGUCAUUACUAUUUCUACUUUUAUCGACUAGGGAGAUUUACGAUUAUGAAUCGAGAUCGUUUUCGAGAGUUGAUAUCUCGAGAUUUAUUGAUACCAACUCGACGCGGUUCUGACUCUACUUACCUAACAUCUACUCAUAAAAAAACUACCACUAAUACUUUCUACUACUACUACUACUACUACUACUACUGUCGCUACUACUACCAACUAUUUAUUUAUUUAUUUAAUUAUUAUAUAACAUAACAGAAAUUAUGUUUUAUUUAAGGAUUAAACUGAUUUGUGUUUGGUUCAAAAAUCGUUUGUUUUAUUUCGAUUAUUUCAGUUGAUCCUUGUUCUCCCAUUCCUCCAAGAUCUUCCCAGAGUCCGAGAACUUAAUAAUGUAUAAUUUUUUUAGGGGGAUGGAUUUGGUCUAUCUUGAGUGGCGAAAUCCAUGCCCUUUUAAAAACUAAAAAGUGGCACAUAGUCCCUCGGCGGUCCUAGUUUAAGGGAGAAAUGUGAGAAAGUGAAAGUUUUGAGGAUGAGAGUAAAUGAGACGCAAUUUUUAAGGAAUCCAAUUAGGGAAAUAAUGCGCAGGGAUGCAAGGAGCGCACAAAUGGAAAAAAAAUUAAAUAAGAGACACGUGCGAGUCCUAAGUCACGAUUUUCGACCCAACUCGCUCGCAGCAAUGAUCUCACGUAUAAACAAUUAUUAAAGGAGUCACGCUAAUCUACUUAACCGUAAUACUGCAUAUGAUUAUUACGUUUAGAUAUACAUUAUGUGUAUUGUAUUUAUGUCUCAAUAAUCGUUAUUAGUUAAAACCGCGACGAUGAUGUUAAAAAAAGUGAUUCUCAACGGCGACUGAUAUAUGAUUUCGAAGCGAGAGGGAAAAAAA